AUGAGUGAUUCGCCCUGUAUCGGAAUGGGUUUGUGGGAAUUAGCUGAGGCGUAUGAGUUUGCGGGGUACGUUGCAUACUUGAAACGGGGUCGUGACGACGAGCCAGAACAGAUUCUGACACCUGUCAUCACAAGAACUAUAGAGGAAAUACUGGAGGAUAAACGAUACGCUACAUUAUUCGACAAUGACGAUCGUUCCUACACUGUUUCCCUUGAUGGUCCAACAUUCCGUUUAGCCAUGAAAUAUGUGCUUCCCACACUUCUACAUGCACCUUUGAUACAUUUCUUUCGUUAUUUGGAAUAUGUAAAUAAACUUCUCAAAUACUCUCACAAUGAAGAAGAUCGGACUGAAUUGCAGAACUCAAAGUUGUAUUUGACAACUGUUGGCAAUCAACUCGAACAAACGAUUGAUCACAACAAUUUGACGAUGAUCAAGAACAGAUCGGAGCUUUUCAAUCGGUACGAUUCAAGAAUUUCGCAACUUAGUCGGUUACAAGAGAUUCAGAGGAGUAUCGAAGGUUUCGAGGGUAAUCCCAUUGGAAAAACGUGCUCCGAGCUGAUUAAACAAGGUGAUUUGCAAAUGGUACGACCUUCACUAACAUUUUCCCCAGAGAUCAUCAGGAAAGGGCGAUGGAAGACUGAAAGACAUAUAAUUUUUAUUGAUCAUAUGCUGGUUCUGUGUAAAAAACAUAAGACCUACAAGUUCAAAGAGAGGAUCACGGUGAAUCUCAUGGAUAUCGUCGAUAUUGAAGAUAGCGAUGUUCUGCGUCACUCGUUUCGCUUGGAAUCUCGUGAGAAACCAGAACUAACGCGGACGUUCUGGAUGAUUUGUAAGUCGGCUGAGGAGAAAAUGGACUGGAUGUCAGCUUUGGUCACCGUGAAUACGAAGAGUCUGCUUGAUCGCGUCCUGGAUGGCUACGAGAAAGAAGAAGCGAAACGAAUCCCGCUUGUUACACCCGGGCCUGAUCAGUACAGGUUUGCGGAGCCCGAUUCGGAAGAAAACAUCUCCUUCGAGGACUACACAUCCAGUAGCGGGAUUCCCGUUGUGAAAAAUGGCACCGUUCUGAAGCUCGUUGAGAGACUGACAUAUCACCAAUACACGGACAACAAAUACGUUCAAACAUUCCUAAUUUCAUACCGAUCUUUUUGUACGCCUAGCGAACUGUUGGAAAUGCUCAUCGAACGUUUCAAUGUGCCAAUACCUAACAAGCUUCUUCAGAAUCAAGAAAUGAGAGGUGGUCCACUGGCUGGACGUUACGAUACGGUACAGUCGCAUGGGCUUUCGGGAGGAUUGAUGUUUUCCGCGUACAGUGAGCAAAGCUAUCAACGAUUUCGAAAGGAGUACGAGCGACCGAUACAAAGAAGGUGCCUGAAUGAGUUUUCAAUUCUAUUCGGUUGA